UUUAAAUCUAAUUUAAAAAAUCCAAAGAUUUUAAUGAAGGUAACAUAUACAAAAUAUUCUUAAUAUAGUUCAAUAUAUCCUAUCCCUUAACUGGUGCUUAGAAGACAGUCGAAAUAGAUGAUGAUAAGAAAUGGUAAUAAUAUGUAAGAAUUGCUUAGUUCAAUUUUCUUCGAUAAGAGAAUGGGUCAAGUAGUAGAAGCUGAUAACCUUGGUGAUGAAUUUAAAGGAUAUAUAUUCAAAAUCACAGGUGGUAAUGAUAAAUAAGGAUUUCCAAUGAGACAAGGUGUUCUCUUUAAAGGAAGAGUUAGAAUUUUAAUGAGAAAAGGACAUAAAGGUUAUAGACCAAGAAAAGAUGGUGAAAUGAAAAGAAAAUCAAUAAGAGGAUGCAUUGUUGGUUAAGACAUUAGAGUCCUUGCCUUAUAAGUUGUUAAAAAGGGAGCAAAUGAAAUUGCUGGACUUACAGAUUAAAAUGUUCCAAGAAGAUUAGGUCCAAAGAGAUUAACUAAAUUAAGAAGAUUAUUUGGAUUCAAGAAAACUGAUGGUGUUGCCCUAGUCUAAAAGAAUCUUAUUAGAAGAACAUGGACUACAAAAGAUGGAAAGAAGAGAUAAAAAGCUACAAAGAUUUAAAGACUUGUUACUGAAUCAAGAUUGAGAAGAAAGACUAUUUAAAAGAAGACUGAAUAAGCAAGAAGAACUAAAGCAAAAUAAGCUUUAGAAGCAUAUAAAAAAUUAGCACAUGAUGUACAUGAGGCACAUAAGAAACAUAGAAAAGCAUCAUCUGAAAUCAAAGAAAAGACUUAAGAAUAACCUAAAGUAUUUAUUAAUCUCUAUAUUAUUAGACUAAAGAUGCUAAAACAACUAAAUCAGCAUAAGUUGCUACUAAAUAAGCUCCUACAACUAAAGCUUAAGCUCCAGUCAAAGCUGCUGUUCCAGCUAAAACAACUGCUCCAACUAAGACAGCUCCAUAAUAAACUCAAAAAGCUACAACCACCAAAACCAAGAAAUGAAAAUGAUAUUAUAAAUAAAGUACAUUACAGAAAAAG